AUGUCUCAAAGAAAGUACGCACUUGAUAUUUUACAGGAUUCAGGACUUCUAGGCGCACGCCCAGACAAGUUCCCAAUGGAACAGAAUUUGAAACUCACUCCCACAAAUGGAGAAUUACUGAAUGAUCCAACCAAAUACAGGAGACUGGUUGGCCGAUUGAUCUACCUUACUGUCACAAGGCCUGAUAUAGUCUAUCCUGUUCGAACACUAAGUCAAUUCAUGCAUCAGCCUCGCAGACCUCAUUGGGAUGCCGCCAUACGAGUCCUUAAAUACCUCAAGGGGACUCCAGGUCAGGACUGGGGAGGUUGUCGUGCGACAAGGAGAUCAGUUACAGGAUACUGUGUUUUUCUUGGAAAUUCACUCAUCUCAUGGAAAUCCAAGAAACAAACCAAUGUUUCAAGAUCAUCAGCAGAAGCUGAAUAUCGAGCUAUGGCCAACACAUGUUUGGAGUUGACUUGGUUACGCUUUAUACUACAGGAUUUAAAAGUCCCACAGAUAGCUCAUGCACCAUUGUUUUGUGAUAAUCAGUCAGCUUUGUAUAUUGCCGCUAAUCCUGUUUUCCAUGAGCGUACAAAGCACAUCGAAAUUGAUUGUCACAUAGUUUGA